UUAGUCGAUCGUCGUGGGCGCAGCUAACUACUCGUCAACUGUCAAAAGUUCAGUGACAUUUAUUUAUUUAUUUAUAUUUUAUCGUGCUCUCAGGGCAGGUGUGAGAAACAAACAAGUGAUAUUUUUUUGGAUUUUUGAUGAAGCAAUGAUAUACUGAGAGUUAAAUUUAAAAAAAUGAGAACUGGAUUCACGAUGCAAAGCACAAUAUUUGGACUAUUCGUUAUAGUGUUAUUGGCAUCUGACGUGCUAUCAAAAUCAAGGCGAAUAUCAAAACUACAGACGGAUGCGCUGUCCAAGACGAGGUGCGAUUUGAUGUGCAUUGAAGUCACCAAGGAAAAUAGAACACAAUGCCGCUCACAAUGUCGGCUGCAAGAGCAAAAGCCGGGGACGUGUCCCGGUUACGACACCGUGCAGUGGCAAGCCGCUUGUGUAAAGGCCUGCGACUUGGACUACCAGUGUGACGGCACCCAGCGGUGCUGCCACAGCGGAUGUAGCUCUGCCUGCAGCGAACCCGUCGACUUACUGACGUUGCCAGGACUCCCAGCAUUACCAGUUAUAGAAGAAGUUAAGGAAAAGCGGAAAUCAAUCCUCAUCAGAUGGUCUGAUGGAGUCGGAGAUCUGGCCCGCGCAGUACCCGGCAGGAUUUUGUAUCUGCUUGAGGAACAACAUCAUCUCGGACCCAAGUACGAGGAGGCCAGGCUUGCAGGAUGGAAUCUGCUAGUAAGAACCAAUAAAACGAAAAUUUCUCUCCGCAACUUGCUGAAACCAGGCCGCUGGUACCGCUUCAGGGUAGCCUCUGUCAGCUCGACCGGCAGCAGAGGUUUCUCCUCUCCUAGCGCACCCUUCACCCCCAGGAAGGGGCCCAGAGCGCCUCCACCGCCCAAACGGUUGAGGGUACGCCCGGCGGUGCGAACUGAAAACGGUACAGUAACUGUUCGUCUAGAAUGGAAGGAACCCAACUCAGACUUGCCGAUAAACAGAUACAAAGUGUUCUGGAGCCGUCGCGUUCGGGGCGUGACGGGUGAUCUAGAUUCAGUUCUAGUGAACCAUCAGACAGUCCCUAAGGACCAAACAUACGCUGAAAUAAAAGAGCUGACACCUAACGCAAUGUAUUUCUUCCAAGUACAAACUAUCAGUCAAUUUGGAACCGGCAAGCUUCGAAGUGAUAAAGCGGCCGUAUUUUACAACACCACAAGCACCCACGUCACAGUUGGCAACCCAAGUUCAGAAUGGCGCUCAGACUUAUCGGUUAAAAAACCGGUAUCUGUUACCAAAAAAAUAAAGUCCAUCUACUCCUAUUUAAAAAAAAAAGCGCGAAAGGAAACCGGUAACCGGCAACUCAAUUACAAUUUAGCGCCACGGUCACUUAAAAAACAGGAUAAGGAUAAAAGGGUUACUGUCAAAGGUCUAAAGCUGCACAAGGUUAUUUGGCAAAACGGAAAAUUGAAGGCUAGAAUAUCCUGGAACCCAAUAUCUGCCCUUGAGAAUAGAAGAUAUGUUGUACAGUGGCGAACAGAAAAAUGUGAAAACCCACAACACGAACAUAAAAUUCUUUCGGCAACCACUGAGCAAACUACUUUCGAAAUCUACGAAUUGGAUUAUUAUUGCACUUACAAAGUGAAUGUAAAUAAAUCACGGAAAAGUCUACCUCCUGACUCAGAAAUCAUCGUUAAUGUUCCUGGGUGUGAUUAUUUUCAACGACGAAUGAAUGGCACGAAAAUAAUCUGUGAAACUUGAAUUAUUGCGUACUUAGAGAAUAUAACCAACGGAGUGGUCAUUAAUAGGCGUUCCCCUCUGUCGAAAAAGGGCGGCCAAUGGUCAACCACAUGUCAAACACAUGUAUGGACUGACGUUUAUCUGACAUGACGUUCCUGUACAUUUGAUGUGCCCCUCCCCCGCAAAAAACGGCAGACUAUUUUGUACCGAAAAUUAUAGACAUGGCGUCUCCGUUGGUUAUAUCCUCUAAGAUUGCGUACGAUUAAUUUAAACUAUUUCACCAGAAUUGUAUAGUUAUAUUUAUUUUAUUAUGACAGUAUUAGUAUUAAAAAAUUAACAUUUUAAGACACUUAUGAAAGGACAUUAUUAUAGAUUCCUUGUUUGUUCAAAAUGUCUGGACGUUGACAUUUAUUACAUCAGCAUUCAUAUUCCGUAUAGGCUGCAUUAGUUUAACGUGUGUAGGUACUUUAGUCAGACCGUAAAAAGUCUGCAGCGAUUUUGAUAGCCCACGCAGUGCAAGUGUCAUUUUAAACGUCAAACUUCUAUGAAAUUAUGACGUAUACAUAACACUUACACUGUGUGGGCUACCAAAUCCGCUGCAGACUUUGUUUGGUGCGACUAUAUUACGGUUUAUGACUCGUACAGUCAAGUGUAAAAGUAGAAAUGCACACAUCAUACGUACUCAAAAUGAAUUCCCAGCUCUUAUGUUAGCGAAUUAAGAACAAAGACAAGAAAAAAGACAUAUCUUUGAGAAGUUAUAUGCACUCAUGUUUUUACACUUGACUGUACUUGUAGGAAAUUUUAUCCUCAUACAUACCUAUUCUCCCUCUUCGUCAAUCUAAAUUUUCUUAACUCUUCUCCAGAAAUACAAAUGGACCAACCAUAAACUUUCGUUAUUUUCGAUAGUUUCGAUAUUUAUUAUUUACCUGGCCAAUCGCCGAGCAUUAUGUUUAUGUGUAGUAUGUUGCGACAUUGUGAUUGCUGAGCAACGUGAGUGUAUACCUACCAAUUUUUCCCAAGGAAAUUAGAAUAAUAUAAUGUGCCUAUUUAUUUAGUUUUAAUAGUUUAAUUAAAAUAUAAAUUGAAAA